AUGACUGAAAUGAUGGCAAUGGGUUUUGAAGGGUUUUAUGAUGUGCAUUCUAGUCCAUUAAAACGUGAAGAAGUUUACGACUAUAAGUCACGAGGAACGUAUAUGUGCAACCUCUCCGGUUUGACAUCACCAACAGCUUCAGAACAAUGUUCAUCGGUUGGAAGUAGUUAUCGGAUUGAACAAUGUAAUAGUAGUACUUCAAGCAAUGAAUAUGAAAGUUUGCUCGAUUUAGAUUUCAUUCUUGAGAACAGUGCUGUUACACAGAAAACUGUAAACAUAUCAAAUUUGUGUAACUGUACAUAUCCUAGUUCCGUUAUGAAUAUCAAUUAUUCUUUUACCAAAUCUCCAGUAUCUCAACUCAGACCACCAGUUUGUACUGAAGUGAUUUGUUCACAAAACUCUACUUUCAAAAGUUCUAAUGGAAAGUAUUAUUACGAUCUUGGUUCGAAUAAUUCACCGGUAGAAAUAAAACAAGAACCAAUUUUUCCUGAAAGUUCUGAAUAUAAACAUUGUCCAGAUAUUAACCAGAAUAAUUCCUACAACUGGACUUCAAAUGUACCGAAUACCUGUAGUUACAGUGCGAAUUGCAAUGGUGUCAUGGAUGCAGGUCAUUACAUACAUGCCACAAAUGAUUCAAGAGCAAGUGAUCUACAAUCUCAACAUUCAUCUUCUUCUCUUGCUUAUAUGCCUUCAAUUAUCCCAACAACAGAUAUGCCUCCAAUGGAUCCCUUUGAAAGCUGUCAAUCAGGUCUACAAAAUCAGGAUCAAGCUUCUCUACGUUUUUAUCCUACUGUCACAAAUCUUACCAGCCCUAUCAAUCCAAGUAUUAUGAGUGAAAAUACUCUUGCGGCGGUUUAUCUACCACAAAACAAUAGAGUUGACCAUUCACAGCUACAUUCUUUACCUCCAACCUGUUCUGUCAUAAAUACAAUAAAUGACAACAGUACAUCUGCACCUGUUCAUACCGUCAGUUUACAGGAUUACCGCAACGGAACACAAAAUGCAGGGUAUUAUAUGAACAUGUAUAAAGUUGAUGAGUCGAAUCUUUCAGUGAGCACACCGUAUCGAGUACUGGCACCCAGGACUGCAUCACCUGGUCACAAUCAUGGAUUUACAUCAUUGAGUACUCCAUGCGAUAAUAGUGUUUACCGGGACUCUUCACUAACGUCUGCUCAUAGUCAUAAUAAUAUUGGUAGAGGUAAGAGUUCAGCCAUGAAAUUAGGUGUAACACCUCAUCAAGAUAUGCUUGCAUGCAAUAUCCCCGGAUCUGGAGAGAUUUCGCUAGCUCCAAUGCGUCGUACGCGGACAAGCAAAACAAAAACUGAUACUUCGACUAAAGGAACUGGAGGUAAUUCUAGUGGUAGAACUAAAAAAUCAAUAGCUCUAAUUCAUACUUGUCCGUUUAGUACAUGCGCGAAGGCAUAUUCUAAGAGUUCGCAUUUAAAAGCUCACAUGCGUGUGCAUACGGGAGAAAAGCCUUUCCCAUGUGACUGGCCUGGAUGUGCUUGGAGAUUUGCUCGAUCAGAUGAAUUAACUCGUCAUUAUAGAAAGCAUACUGGUGAUCGACCGUUCCAGUGCAGAACAUGCCAUCGAGCUUUCGCACGCAGUGAUCAUCUUACUCUGCAUAUGAAGAAACAUCAAACUGGGAAUUGA